CUCUCUCUCUCUCUCUCUAAACUGGUGUGGAUUCAAAACCAAAAGUAGGGCUUUUCAUCUGGCGGCGAUAUCCCUUAACGACUCCUCUAGUGGAAGUAGCAUGAACUUAAAUCGCGACUUUUUGGAUCUCUGGAAAAUCCCUAAAAGUUUUCAACAUCUACCGAAAUUCCCAGCGGGACAGUAUCGUUGAUCUAGACUAAAAGUUCACCAAAUCAAAUGAAGAACAUAUGGCAAUAUGAGAGAAACCAGUUAAAUCAGAUUUUAAAUUCAUAGCACAGUGGUUUCAGAAUCUAUCCACAUCUUCAUUCUUGCUAAGUGGGCCCAGGAUGGAUGAUGGUGGGCAUCGUGAAAAAGGUGGCCAUAGGGUAGAUUACUACAAAGGCGUUCAUCCUCAGUGGAACAUGAUGCCGCAACAAUACCAAGUAAAAGACCAAAACGCCCUCCUAAUGAACCGAAAAAUCAUGCACAUCGUGUCGGAACGCGACACGGCAAUCGAAGAACGCGACCGCGCGCUUUCCGAAAAAAAAUCCGCUUUAGAAGAACGCGACAUGGCCAUCCAACAACGCGACGCCGCCAUAGCAGAUCGCAAUGACGCCAUAAGGGAACGCGAUAACGCCAUCGCCGCCCUCCGGUUCCAAGAAACCACCAUGAACAACCACCUCCAACGAGCCUCCAAACGCACCACCACCACCACCCACCACCACCCUCCGCCGUCCUCAUACCGCCACGACCAGAACCCGAACAUCACCGAAGCCUUCCCGAUCACCAUCGUCCCCUCCGAAGCCGCCGCCGCCAAGUCAAAAUCAGUCAAAGAGAGAAAAUCCGGCGGAAACGGCGGUUCCGGUGGCGGCAGUGGUGGUGGUUCGAGGUUGAAGAAGCAGAAGAAAGUCGGGGAGGAUUUGAAUCGGAAUGUGACAACGGAUGGAUCGAAGGCGGAAUGGGAUGCGCAAGAGCUUGGAUUGAUGGAUCAAAUUAAUUUUGAUGAAUCGACGAUGCCGAUUCCGAUUUGCUCGUGUACCGGAGUUGGGCGGCAGUGCUACAAGUGGGGUAGCGGUGGGUGGCAGUCGUCGUGUUGCACCACCACUAUUUCGGUGUAUCCGCUCCCUCAGAUGCCUAACAAGCGGCAUUCCCGAAUGGGUGGCCGGAAAAUGAGCGGGACCGUGUUCACUAGGUUGCUUAGUCGGCUGGCGGCACAAGGCCAUGAUUUGUCGGCUCCGGUUGACUUGAAAAACUAUUGGGCGAAACAUGGGACGAAUCGGUAUAUUACUAUUAAGUGAAGUGAAAUGACGGUUUUGCCCUUCCCGGGUUUUUGGGUGGAAAAUGAAAAUGUUCUCGUAGGUAGGGAAGGGUGGUUGUUGGUUAGUUGGUAAAAUGGUGAAAAUUGUAGGAAUUCGUUUUUUUUUUCUAGGGUUUUUUAUGGAUUUGUAUGCAAAUGUUUUGCUGCAUUGUUACUAUUGUAGUUGGGCUAUUUUCUGUUCAAUAUGAUCUCCGGGCCCGCUUUUGGUGAAA